UGCAACAGCACUUACUUUCCAUACCAGGCAGACUGGGUUACUGCAGUGGUACCUUGUGCUCCUCAGAGUAAAGCAGGGCAGCAGAGAGUUUUACACUCAGGGCCUCUUUCUAUCAGCCAGCUUUAGCUCAAGGAUCAGGACCAGAACCAGGACCAGGACAAGGACAAGGACUAGGACCAUGGCACAACCAGUUCAAAUUGACCCCACUAAGAUGGGCGAGGGUCGGGCGAUUGCUGUACUGACUUCUGGUGGCGAUGCCCAGGGGAUGAAUGCAGCUGUGAGAGCCACCGUUCGAGUCGGACUGUACACUGGAGCCAAGGUGUACUUUGUUCAUGAGGGUUACCAGGGUCUGGUUGAUGGGGGAGACAAUAUCCGCCCAGCUACCUGGGAAAGUGUGUCAAUGAUGCUGCAGUUGGGCGGGACUGUGAUCGGUAGCGCCCGCUGUCAGGACUUCCGCACCAAGGAAGGGCGCACCAAGGCAGCUUGUAACUUAGUCAAGCUGGGCAUCACCAACUUGUGUGUUAUUGGAGGUGACGGCAGCCUCACAGGUGCCAACCAGUUCAGGACAGAGUGGAAAGAGCUACUGGCAGACCUGGUUAAAGCAGGAAAAAUCUUAGCAAAUGAAGCGAAGAACUCCUCCCACCUCAAUAUUGUUGGCAUGGUGGGCUCCAUUGACAAUGACUUCUGUGGAACUGAUAUGACCAUUGGCACUGACAGCGCCCUGCAUCGCAUUAUCGAGAUAGUAGAUGCCAUCACAACCACAGCGCAGAGUCACCAGAGGACCUUCAUCCUCGAGGUAAUGGGUAGGCACUGUGGCUACCUUGCCUUGGUGACAGCACUGGCCUGUGGUGCUGACUGGGUAUUCAUCCCAGAGAUGCCUCCAGAUGAAGGAUGGGAGGGACAUCUAUGUAGAAGACUGACUGAUCAAAGAGGCCGUGGUUCCCGUUUGAAUAUCAUCAUUGUUGCAGAGGGAGCAAUAGAUCGCAAAGGAAAUCCGAUCACCUGCAACCAAGUCAAACAGCUGGUGUCCAAGGAGCUGGGCUUCGACACCCGCACCACCAUCCUGGGCCAUGUGCAAAGAGGAGGAACCCCCUCUGCUUUCGACAGGAUCCUGGCAAGCAGGAUGGGUGUGGAGGCUGUUAUGGCAUUGCUCGAAGCCACACCAGAUACUCCUGCCUGUGUAGUCAGCUUGUCUGGGAACAUGGCCGUCAGGCUGCCUCUUAUGGAAUGUGUACAAGUGACUAAAGAUGUCACAACAGCCAUGGCUGAGGGGCGGUACAAUGACGCAGUGAACCUCAGGGGAAAGAGCUUUGAGAACAAUUGGAACACGUAUAAAAUGCUGGCCCAUGUGCAACCUCCAGAAACAAAGGUUAGAAACUACACUUUUAGUAUCGAAUAUCUGAUGAAAUUUCCCCAAAUUCUUCUUCUCCCACAAAAACAAGCUAGGUCUGAUGAGUUUUUUUAUUUUUUAUUUCAGAGCAAUAUCAACAUUGCCUUACUGAAUGUUGGGGCUCCAUGCGCAGGAAUGAAUGCGGCAGUACGUGCAGCUGUCAGGAUUGGGCUCCUUCAGGGCCACCAGAUGCUGGCGGUGCAUGAUGGCUUUGAUGGCUUGGCACAUGGGAUGAUUGAGCCAAUUGGCUGGUCUGGAGUGGCAGGAUGGACUGGAAAGGGUGGUUCAAUGCUUGGCACCAAGAGGACUCUUCCUAAACAGCUUCUGGAGGAGAUCAGUCUGAACAUCACAAAGUUCAACAUCCAUGGUAUUGUCAUAAUUGGAGGCUUUGAGGCAUUCCUGGGUGGUCUGGAGAUGGUGGAAGCUAGAGAGAAGUAUGAGGAACUGUGUAUUCCCCUUGUCGUUGUUCCAGCUACCGUCUCCAACAAUGUUCCUGGAUCUGACUUCAGCAUAGGUGCAGACACAGCCCUCAACACCAUAACCAUGACAUGUGACCGGAUCAAGCAGUCUGCUGCUGGCACCAAGAGGAGAGUGUUUAUUGUUGAGACCAUGGGAGGAUACUGUGGUUACCUGGCCACCAUGGCUGGGUUGGCAUCUGGAGCAGAUGUGGCCUACAUUUACGAGGAACCAUUCAACAUUCAUGACCUGGAGCUGAACGUGGAUCAUCUGGUGGAAAAGAUGAAGACAACAGUGAAGAGAGGACUCAUUCUGAGAAAUGAGAAAUGCAAUGCAAACUACACCACUGAUUUUAUCUUCAACCUGUAUUCAGAGGAGGGAAAGGGUGUGUUUGACUGCAGGAAAAACGUUCUUGGUCACAUGCAGCAGGGUGGGACACCCAGUCCUUUUGAUAGGAACUUUGGCACAAAGAUGGGGAUCAAGUCUGUCCUUUGGUUGACUGACAAGCUGAAGGAAUGCUACAGGCACGGUCGCAUCUUUGCCAACUCUAAAGAAACUGCCUGUGUGCUGGGAAUGAGGAAAAGAGCAUUGGUGUUCCAGCCUUUGGCAGAACUCAAAGCUGAGAGUGACAUUGAACACCGUAUUCCAAAGAUCCAGUGGUGGCUGAGGCUGAGACCCAUUUUAAAGAUCCUGGCCAAGUACAAGAUCAAUUUGGACACCUCACAGAAGGCUGCAAUGGAGCACGUCAUCAAGAAGAGAGGCUUAGUUCCUCAGUAGCUUGUGACUACUCAGGAGCGGACAUCCAUUCGUCAUCUCCUUUUAAAGCACUUUGUAAACUCUGAUUUGAGGAUUGUGCAAUAUAUAUAAAGAAAUUAAUAUAAAACUUAUUUGGUAGUUUUACAAUUAGUACUUAUAAAUCAUACUGUCAGUGUUAAAUGAAAGCCAGUGAAAUGUAUUAGCUAAAUUGUACAAACACCAGGAUUUUCGGUAAUUUAAACUCUCCAAUUGGUGUCUGGUUUCAACCAACACAGUGUGCGACUAUGA